AAGGGUGAGUAAGAUAAUUCUAAAAAGUAAAAAGUAAAAAAAUGGUACAAAGAUAUAAUAGCAAUGUUAUGGAGGAUUUCCUUUUCUUUCUUUCUCUUUUUUUCCUUUUGGGUUACAGGAGUUUAAUUUCUGCAGCUUAUAAAACGGUUCGUGGCGACUCCAAUUUAUAAAAAAAAAAAAAAAGGCAACAACGGGGUCGUUGAAGAGCUUUCUCUCUCUAGUCUCUCGCCAAUCAAACCCUUAAAUCUAGGGUUCUCUCGAAUAUUCUUGCCCUUUCCCUUUUCUCUCCCCUUCUCUCUCUCGGCUCCUUCCAAACUUAAAUUGUAUUUCAGUUCAAAUAUCUUUUUUCGAUCUCAGGUUUUUAGUUACUGUAGAGUUGAAGUAGUGCGAUGACGAUGGCUGAUUCGGAAUGUCUAAUGGAGAAUGGAGAAAGUAGUUGCUUGCCUUGUACGCCUCACGAAGAGCAACAGAUCGUCAAGGAGUUGAUGAAUGAAGCUGAGCUUGACUUGAAAGAAGGCAAUUUAUACUACGUCGUUUCUGCCAGGUGGUUUGCAGGUUGGCAGAGGUAUGUUGGUCAGGGUAAUAACAGCCACUUGGUUGAUGGGCAGCCGUCUGAUUCUCAACAUCUUCAUGUUGUUCCCUUGACUGUGGCUGAUAGACCUGGUCCAAUUGAUAAUUCUGAUCUAGUUCAAAAUGGAAGCAAUAUUGAGGCUGAUGAUCUAGAGCUUUCUAGAACAUUGUUGGAAGGGAGGGACUAUGUUUUGGUUCCUCAGAAAGUUUGGGAUAAGCUUGUGCAAUGGUACAAGGGGGGGCCAACAUUGCCAAGAAAGAUGAUUUCACAAGGUGUUUCUAAUAAAAAGCAGUUUAAUGUGGAGGUUUAUCCACUGUGUCUUAAAUUAGUCGAUUCCAGAGAUGACAGUGAAUUUACUAUAAGGUUAAGCAAAAAGGCUUCUCUGCAUCAGCUUUUUGAGAGGGUGUGUGCUCUUAAAGGAACAAAGCAAGAAAAGAUUAUCAUAUGGGAUUACUACAACAAGCGCAGGCAUUCACAAUUGAUUGCUGCAAACCGUACCCUGGAGGAGUCAAACUUGCAAAUGGACCAAGAGAUUCUUCUGGAGGUGCAAGGUGAUGGGCCUUAUCUCUCCCAGUCUGGCAAGGAUUCAACGGGAAAUGAGUUGGCUUUGGUGGCACUGGAACCAGCAAGGACCUCCCUGUCGAUUGCAGGGGGUCCAACAUUGUCAAAUGGACAUUCAAGUACUUACGGCUUGAACUUGAGGCCAGGAGGUGCUUUAAGCACAGGAUUCACUGAUAAUGAUGAUGCAUCUGGUGCUUAUACUGCUGUUAGAAGAAGUGAGAGGGGAGGUUUGGCAGGAUUACAAAAUAUGGGCAAUACAUGCUUUAUGAACAGUGCUCUUCAGUGCUUGGUUCACACUCCCCCACUUGUUGAUUAUUUCUUAAAAGAUUACUCCGACGAGAUUAACGCAGAAAAUCCUUUAGGAAUGCAUGGUGAACUUGCACUUGCAUUCGGAGACUUGUUGAGGAAACUGUGGUCCUCAGGACGGACUACAUUUGCACCGCGUGUAUUUAAGGGAAAACUAGCACUAUUUGCUCCGCAGUUCAGUGGUUAUAAUCAACAUGAUUCUCAAGAACUUCUUGCAUUUUUACUGGAUGGGCUGCAUGAAGAUUUGAACCGUGUCAAGCAGAAGCCUUACAUUGAGAUGAAGGAUUGGGGUGGUCGUCCGGAUGAAGAGGUUGCAGAUGAGUGUUGGAGAAAUCACAAGGCUAGGAAUGAUUCAGUCAUUGUGGACGUUUGCCAAGGUCAAUAUAAAUCGACGCUGGUUUGCCCUGUUUGCAGCAAGAUUUCAAUUACUUUCGAUCCGUUUAUGUACUUGUCAUUGCCACUACCUUCAACUGUCACUCGUUCUAUGACAAUAACAGUGUUUUAUGGUGAUGGAAGUGCUCUUCCAAUGCCAUACACUGUGUCAGUGCUUAAAAAUGGUCAUUGUAGAGAUCUUACUCAGGCACUGGCUGCUGCAUGCUGUUUGGGAAGUGAGGAAAGCCUUCUGCUAGCGGAAGUCUAUGAUCAUAGGAUUUAUCGUCUAUUUGAAAACCCUUAUGAGUCAUUAGUCUCUAUAAAGGAUGAAGAAUAUAUCGUGGCCUAUCGCCUUUCUCAGAGAGAUACGGGAAAAAAGAAAUUAGAAAUCAUUAAUCAGGAAAAGUCAGCAUUGGAUCUAAGAGGCAGUGGGUGGAAGGAUUUUGGAGCACCUCUUCUUACUUGUUUGCAAGAUGACUCACCAAGUGGAGCUGAUAUAGAGUUGGCUGUUUCUAGACUGCUCUCACCCUUGAGAAGGACAUGUUCAUCUAGUGUGGCUCACAUUCAUAGUGGCAAGGAAAAUGGUUUUCUUCUGGAAGCUAAUGACAGACCAUCAAAUAGCUGCAAUGGUUCACCUGAACAGGAAGAUCAGCCUAUGGAGAAUGUAGAACCAGAGGACACAUCCAACCAGGAGUUAUCAUUUCGGCUCUUUUUAACUGAUGAUCGGUGCUCAACCCACAAGCCAAUUUUGAGGGAUUCUGUAAUAAAAUCUGGAGGAAGUCGUAUGAAGGUUUUUCUAGAGUGGACUGAAAUGGAACACAAAACAUAUGAUCCUUGCUAUCUUAAAGAUCUCCCAGUGGUUUAUCACAAGACUGGGUUUACUGCAAAGAAAACCCGGCAGGAAGCUGUCUCAUUGUUUUCAUGCCUGGAGGCAUUCUUGACUGAAGAACCUCUAGGGCCUGAUGAUAUGUGGUAUUGUCCUGGUUGUAAAGAACAUAGACAAGCUACCAAGAAGCUAGAUCUAUGGACAUUGCCUGAAAUUCUUGUUUUCCACUUAAAACGGUUCUCAUACAGCAGAUAUCUGAAAAAUAAACUGGAUACUUUUGUAGAUUUCCCCAUUCACAAUCUUGAUUUGAGCAAAUUUGUUAAAAGGAAAGAUGAUCGAUCAUAUGUAUAUGAACUAUAUGCCAUCAGCAACCAUUAUGGUGGUUUAGGCGGCGGGCACUAUACCGCUUUUGCUAAGUUGAUGGAUGAGAGUAGAUGGUACAAUUUUGAUGACAGCCGGGUUUCUCCGGUCAAUGAGGCUGAUAUCAAGACUUCAGCUGCCUAUGUGCUCUUCUACCGAAGAGUUGGAACUGAAACAAAGGCAGGAUUGGGAGAGACGUCGCAGGGUUGAAAGGCCAUGGAUGUCUUGCAUUAUAUGAUCCAAUGUCUUUGGAGUUCAGACCACAUUUGUUCACUGAAAAACUAAGCUGGCAGUUUUAGCCUUGUCAACCAGCUUUCUGAAGAUCUCAUUCUGCUGUACGAGUCUCUCAAGGGUACGGAUAAAUCUGUAUACACAUAUAAGUUGCAGCAGAUGGGGCUAGGAUCAGCUACUCAAAUUUUUCCAUUGGCUUAAUGUUAGGUUGCGCAUACGAGGGACUUGGAUGAAAUUAGACAGCGGAGGGGCGCAUGCCUCCAACCACCUUUGGAUGUAUGAUUUUCUUUUUUCAACUCUCUAUCAUGCAAGCAAAGCUGAAAGCCUUCCCUAUUAUUUGUAAUGUACUUUUGUUAAUCGAACCUGUGAAUUUGGCAA